AAAAAUCAAUCAAAGGCCUCCUUCCAAAGUAUGUAAAGCGCAACGUUUGGACGCCGUUGGUUGCCUGGGUUCACAUACUAAUUUCACAUUCAAACAAAGAUGCUCAGAAACAGCAUUGCUAAGAGUGUGGUCUCCAGAGAAAAUAUCUUUGCGAAUUUCCACCAAAAUGAUUUGUAUAUUUAGCGCGGCAUACGCCGGUAGCUCAUCAGUUUUAUAUGAGAUAUCAUCGAAAUAAGUUCAUUCUGAAGUAAAGAAAAGGAAGAUAAAAUAAAUAUAUGAGCAUUAUCGUAAAAUAAAUAAAUAAUAAAAAAUAAAAUCAACAAGAUAACUGAAUGCUUGCUUGCUGUUUCUUUUGUGAGAUCAACCACGUAAAUCUUCGUAUGAAAACACUUUCAGACUACCUUUGUCGUAGCCGUUCGAUUGAUACUUUACAUAAAAUAUUUUAUUAUAACGUACAUAUAUGUAUGUACUCGUGUUAUUUUCGGAACUUUCAAGUGUAAAGUGAAAGUAUUUGCCAGAAAAACAUAUAACACAAAAAGUCGAGCAAAAUAUUUUGAACAAAUCAUGCCUUUGAAUGCCUGAGGACUACUGAAAAACUAAAAAAAAGUUAGAAAAUAGUUAUUAUUUGAAAAUAAUGAAUUAGAGCGACAAUUGCCUGUUAUUAGAACUCAAGAUAAACCGUUGGAAAGCACAGAAAAUUCAAAAACAUUACAGACUCUUCUAACCCCAGUGAUAAAAAGUGAAUAAAAGUAAGCACAGACUUAGUUAAAGCACUUCAAUUCUGUCUCUAAACUAGUUACAAAGUUAAACAGUCACAAUGAGAACGGAGGAUGUCCCCCGGGUGCGCCUCGCUGUUAUUGGAAAUGCCGAUGUGGGGAAAUCAGCGUUGACAGUGCGUUAUCUGACAGGCCGAUUCAUUGGCGAAUAUCGCUCCAACACAGAUCUGUUAUAUAAUAAAACAAUCACUUUAAAUGGCGGUCUGACGGAAGUAGAAAUCGUUGAUGUGUAUGCCGGAAGCACGGAAGAUUUUCCAAUUGAACAAGUUCUUUGGGCCGAUGCUUGCAUGGUCGUUUACAAUAUAACGGAACGCAGAAGCCUAAACUAUGCGACCAAAUGUUUGGGCGAAAUCAAGGCGUUACAAAAUGGACCAUCGGCGUACUUAAUAGGCAAUAAAGCCGAUUUGGAUCAUUUGCGCGAGAUACCUGAAAAAGAGGGUGCUGCUUUGGCUGCUGCACAUUCCAUAGGCUUUUGUGAAGUUUCCGUCGCUGAGUACACUCCCAUAUUGUCAAAGGCCUUCGAAAAAUUGAUUAUUAACUCUCGUGCGCAACCACAAAAGCAAAUUCGUAAAUUUUCCGUAAGUAAAAUGCUUGGAACCCUUAUGGGAAGCAGUGGUUAUGGUAGCAGUCGUAACUUGGCUAUAAAUCAAGGAACUGUGAUACCCUGCCAUAAGGGAGAGUUACACAAGACACGCGCUCUGAGGCGUCGACAAGGAUUCAUGGCAACGUCUAGUUUGUGACCGUUUGCUGAAACAGAUUGGUAAAGAGGUCACUAUCAAGGGACGGGUAAGGGAGAUUUAUUUCUAUAGUAGAUAAAUGUAAAAAGUGAUUUAAUUAUUAAGUGUAUCCACUACAUGUGUAUACACAUGUACUCGUUUUGUACUAGCGAAAGGACAAUGAUUUCAAAUUUUUUUGUUUUGAAAUGGAAUUUGAUACACUAUCUUAAGUUAUUCUUAUUAUAAAAAUUACGCCAAAAAAUAAAACCAUCUAAGAAAAAAAAAACCAGAGUAAGUUAUAAGU